CUCCGGCCGUUGAGCUGCGGCCGUUGUGGCAACAGUCGGCGAUCAGCGCCAUGGCAGAGCUGCCGCUGCCCGCCGGGCUCAGCGCCAGCACUUUCCCCGCCAAGCUGUGGCGCCUGGUGAACAGCCCUCGCGUCCGCUCCGUGCGCUGGGACAGCCGGGCCCGGGGACUGCUCAUCGACCGCUCCCUUUUCGAGCGGGAGCUGCUCAGCCCGGGCGACGCCCACGGGGUGGGCGGUGAGGGGGCGGGGCCGGCCCCGGACGGCUUCCGAGCCACGCACUUCGGCAGCUUCGUGCGACAGCUCAACCUCUACGGCUUCCACAAGGUGCCGGCCUGUGUUGCCUCAUCUGAGCCGGGUGAUGCCGGCAGCUGGCUCCACUUCAGGAACCCCAACUUUCGCCGCGACCGCCCCGACCUCCUGCUCCGUAUCAAGCGCCUGACCAGGGCCAACAGGCAGCGGCUGGCGGCGGGGCUGGAGGUGCACUGCCGCCAGCCCAGCCGCUUCCAGCAGCUACACACGGAGCGGGAGGUGCCCUCCUUGCCCGCCGGGCAGCCGCCCAGAGCCGUGCUCUCCUACCAGGACCUCACUGCUGCCUCACCUCAGGGUUUAGAGCUGCCUCCAGACGCUUCCAGGCAAAGUGCAGGUGCUCAGGAGUCUGAGGUUUUCCUAGCAUCUCCCAAGAAAGUUUUUGCCUCAUCUAGACUUCUUGGGGUUUCAUCAGAGCAACCAGGCACAGGCAUAUUUCAUCUCAACUGUGAGCUUAUCGGUCCGCUGACCAUAGACCAUCACAGCCCUUCCAUGGCCUCUCCACAGAGAAGCUGCUGCACAUCUUCAGAGCAGCACUUGCCAGCCUGCAGCCCAUCAGCCACCCCAGACACUUCAGCUCCCAGUGGUCCAGCUGGCAGUGCUGGUUAUGCAGCAUGGACAGCCCCCAGCUGGCUGUGGAAUACUCCUGGGGAAGAGGAAUUGCCACCAGUGGAUCUGGACAUGGUGCUUGAGACACUGGAGGAGAUGUUUUCUCCCUCUGCUCAGGGGAAUAUUAAUGUUGUGCCUGAGUCUUCAGGAGGGGAGCCUGUGGACAGAGCUGCAGCAGAGGGAGCUUUGCCUGGCACCAAGAACAAUUCCCAGGAGCCCGAGGAGCUUGAUAUCCACCUGAUCUACCUCGCCAGGAGGGCUGCCCUGCGUGGGAAGAAAGAUCAGAGGGAGAGCCUGUGACCAUUGGGCAGGUGGAAUCCCUCUUUUUAUACAUAGAUUUAUAGAUUUCUGUAGUUCUAUUUAUAUAUAGUUACAUUUAUAGAUUUAUAGAGGUGUGUUUAUAUAGUUAAAUCUAUAUAUAUCAUUAUAGAUGUGAUAGAUUUAUAUUUUUAUAUAUGUAGUUAUGUUUAUACAUUUUUAGACUUACAUUUAUAUAUUUAGAGAGUAACAUAUAUAUGUAUAAAUAUGCAUUGCUAUUUAGUUACAGUUAUAUGUUUAGAUGCAUAGAUUGAGCUGUGUAGGCCUAGGCUGCUUUUUUACCUCUUUCACCUCUCAGCUGCCUUUUUCACCUCUUGCUUUUCCCCCUGUGCCCCCUCUGUCCCCUCUCCCUGUGCUGGGUCCGAGCUGGCAGCCGGGCCGGGCGGAGCAGCAGUUCCAGCCCCGGGUGUCCCUGGAGCGGUGGGAGCUGCCGGUGGCCCCAGGCACUGUCCCCUGAGGAGCUGCUGCAGGACGCUGCAGUGAAGAUCUUGAGGACAGCCGGAGACUGACGGGAACCAGCAGGGAGAAGCUGAAGGCCAGCAGCAAGAGCAGGGAACGGGGACCUGCCGCUGCCACGCUGGAGAGAGCCCGGCUGUGCCAUCUGCUGUCCCUGUCCAGGAGAGCUGCUCUGCACGGGAGGAAGAGACCGAGGGAGAGGCUUUGAAGAUGGGGCAGCUGAGAUCCCUCUUCUUGCAGUUCCGUUUAAAGACGUAUGGACUUGCAUGUAGACAGCGAUUAUUAUAUGGAUAUGCACAUAUAUGGGUUGCUAUUUGUCUAGGAAUAUUUCUAUAUGUCCUUAUAUUUAUGGAUGUAUGCUAGGUAUAUAUGUAUGCAUGUGUGUACAUAUGUACAUAUAUGUUUGUAAUUACAUGUAUGUAAUUACAUGUAUCUAAGUAGACAUGUAUGUUGUUAUAUCUGUGUUUAGUUCUCUAGGUUUAGAGCUGUGUAGGUAUCUAUUUGUAUUGAUGCAGUUAUAGGCAUAUGGCUUUUUAAAUAGGUAUAUUGGUAUUUGUGUUAGGAGAUAUUUAUAUUUUUAUAUGUGUAUUGAUCUAUUUCUGUCUAUUUAUGAUAUUUACAGAUGUAUAGCUCUAUGUUUGUAUUGAUGCAGUUGGAUAUUUUUUACCUUGGCACAGUGAUACUUGUACAUUUAUAGACAGGUUUGGUUUAUAUAUCUAUUGAUAUAUAUAUAUGUAUGUAUGUAUGUUGUAUGUAGUAUGUGAUGUUUAUAUUUACAUCUGUAGAUUUUUAUACUUGUAUAUGCAUUUAUAUAUAUGUGCAUAUACGUGUGAAUUUAAUUCUAUUUAAAGAUGUAUGGAGGGCAUUGUUGUAUAACUACCGAUUGAAUUUUUAGUGUAGGGCUAUUUAGAGAGGGAAUGCAUAUUUUUGUAUUUCUGUAUGGGCUGUACAUUUGUAGCAACAUGUAAUAAAUUAAGUUGUUAAACACUUAAUUGAUCUUUGUGUAUAGUGAGUUGUUGUAGAAGUUGGCAAUAAAUUAAGUUUUAUUAACUCAAGUUGGUAUUUUGUAUAUUUUUACCUAGACUGGUUGUAAUAAUCUAAUAAAUUCCUGGUUUUAACAUU